AUGGAUACUCCUAUCAAAACUAAUGAUCAAAAGGUCGAUGCUGUCACCCCCUCUCCCGGUGGGGGGGCCAGCCAGCCGCGCAACACCGCGGGCCGCGCGCUCCAACAAGUGCCCUUGAACGUGGCAUAUAUUCCCGUCGCAUCUCCUGGCUUCACUGGAGGAGCCGCACCGCGUCUAACCAAUGUCAUCAAGAGGCGCAAGGGUCUCAUCGAGGACCUCAACCGUUACUUCAUACCUGCAGACGACGAGGUCGAUUCCUUGGAGACCAAGGACGGACAUCAUGAGGAGAUCAAUGCGAAUCACGACGCCGGCAUUCUCUUUCCCGAUCAGCAGAGUCAAUAUGAGCGCAGCAAGUCUCCACAGUAUACUUUGAGAAACACCGUGGGGAAUACCGCCACCAUGCGUCGCAUCGCCCCGGGCACCGCCGUCAAAGAUCCAGGGAACGACGAUGCCGAACGUAACGCUUCUUCAACUCUUGGUGAAUACAAGGAUGAAUGGUUGGAGGAUAUUGAUGGCGAAAUCCGUCCGCGGACGGCCACCUCCCCCGCCUUUUGUAAGUUCAGUGCAGAUCGUGCUGAACAGGGAAUGAGCAAAGUCCCUUUUAAGGACGUGAGGAAGGUCUUGAAGUCCGGGAUCCAUGAUAUGAGAUCUGCAGGUUAUAACGCAUCAUCAACCGACAAGGAGAUCUCGGGUCUCAAAAGGCGUUUUUCUGAUGCGAAUUAA